CAAUAUUUAUUCAAUAACCAUUGAAGGGGCUUCUGCUCUCUCUCUCUCUCUCUCUGCGUGUGUUAGCGCGCAUGCUCUUGUGGUGAAAAUGGGGCUAAAUUCAGGGGAACCCGCAACUACAUGGUACCUUUGUUUUGCCAUUGUUUACAUUUUAGCGGCGGGCAGUGUAGGCGCUGAGGAUCCUUAUAGAUUUUUCACUUGGAAUGUUAGCUAUGGAGAUAUCUAUCCCCUUGGUGUUCGUCAACAGGGAAUUCUUAUAAAUGGACAAUUUCCUGGUCCUGAUAUAUACUCUGCUACGAAUGACAACCUCAUUAUUAACGUGUACAAUAGCUUACCGGAACCUUUUCUCAUCUCUUGGAAUGGAAUACAACAGAGGAAGAACUCAUACCAAGAUGGAGUUUAUGGAACUACAUGCCCCAUUCCUCCAGGGAAGAACUUCACUUACACAUUGCAAAUGAAAGAUCAGAUUGGCAGCUUCUUCUAUUUCCCAUCUCUUGCUUUCCACAAGGCUGCAGGUGGAUUUGGAGGCAUUAGGAUUCUCAGCAGGCCACUCAUUCCUGUCCCAUUUCCAGAACCAGCAGCUGAUUACACUGUACUCAUCGGAGAUUGGUACAAAAAAGAUCACAAGAUGUUGAAGGCCAUUUUGGACCUUGGCAAAAGGCUUCCUUUCCCUGAUGGCAUCCUGAUCAACGGCCGCAGACCCAAUGGUGCAUCUUUUACAGUUGAACCAGGAAAAACUUACAGGCUUAGAAUAUCCAAUGUGGGACUCCAAAAUACUCUCAAUUUUCGUAUUCAAGGGCAUGAUAUGAAGUUGGUUGAGGUUGAAGGGACUCAUACUCUGCAAACCACCUUGUCCUCCCUCGAUGUCCAUGUAGGCCAAUCCUACUCUGUGUUAGUUACAGCAAACCAAUCGCCUCAGGACUACUAUAUUGCAGUUUCCACUCGUUUCACCAACAAAGUCCUCAACGCCACCGCCAUACUUCACUAUAGCAACUCUGCCAAGCCGGUGUCUGGUCUACCACCCAGCGCACCCACCACAGUCGAGUGGUCCCUAAACCAGGCUCGUGCCAUCAGGACAAACCUUACAGCAAGCGGACCAAGACCUAACCCACAGGGCUCUUACCACUAUGGUCUUAUAAACAUCACCAGAACUAUCAAACUGGCUAAUUCAGCAGCUCAAGUCAAUGGCAAGCAGAGAUAUGCAAUUAACAGAGUCUCCUUCGUCCCUGCUGACACACCCCUCAAGCUUGCAGACUAUUUCAAGAUCGAAGGAGUUUUCCGCGUUGGUAGCAUAUCUGACAACCCCAAUGAUGCAAAAGUGUACCUCGACACAUCAGUUAUGGGCGCUGACUACAGAGCUUUUAUCGAAGUUGUGUUUGAGAACCGUGAGAGCAUUAUACAAAGCUGGCACCUUGAUGGGUAUUCUUUCUUCGUGGUUGGAAUGGAUGGGGGCCGAUGGACUCCUGCUAGUAGGAAGCAGUACAAUCUAAGAGAUGCAGUUUUCCGUUGUACCACACAGGUGUAUCCAAAUUCAUGGACUGCUGUGUACAUAUCACUUGACAAUGUUGGAAUGUGGAAUCUAAGAACAGAGUUUUGGGCACGCCAGUAUCUCGGACAACAGUUUUAUCUGCGCGUUUAUACCUCAUAUCAGUCUUUCAGGGAUGAAUACCCCAUUCCAAAAAACGCCCUUCUUUGCGGUAGAGCAGAGGGCAGGACCGCAUGACCAAUUGCAUGAAGCUUCUGAAGAGGAUGAAGGGACUAACCUAUACAAGUCUAUAAUGACCUGAACAACUGGUCAUAUUUUUAGCCGAAGGAUGAUUCUGGGAUCUGUUAUUUGGAUUUGUUGUAAUGUGACUGAAUAAAUCCGCAACACAUACAUCUUGUAGUGGUUCUUCCUCAAUAACAUUAGUGAGUGAACUCA